ACAAAAAUUAUUGAAAAAGAACUUCAAAAACUAUUUGAAAAUACAGUCCAAACACAAAGUUCUCUAAUUCCAACAGCAAAACCUAAACAAAGUAGCAAUUAAGUUUAAAAUAUCUCUCUGAAGAAGAUGAUCAGUAUUUCAAAACCCGUUGGAAGUUACCUAAAAUGGAGGUGAGAGAGAUUCAAAGACUAACAAACAAAACUGACAAUUAAAAAAAAAAAAAAAGAAAGGCAUAACCAACCUAAAGAUAGAUCUGAAUUGGAUUCCUGUUAGGUUUCAUUCACCAAGAAGAAGAUGAAGGUGACACUGCUUUUACUCUGUUGCUGGGUGGCUUUGGUGGCUUCUGAUGAAGACUAUGUCAAGUACAAGGACCCGAUACAACCACUUAACGUCCGGAUCAAGGACCUAAUGGAUAGAAUGACUCUAGCAGAGAAGAUUGGGCAGAUGGCACAGUUGGAUCGUUCGGUUGUAACACCAGAGAUCAUGAGAGAUUACUCCAUUGGCAGUGUGCUUAGCUCUGGAGGCAGUGUCCCAUCUCCACAGGCUACUACACAAGAGUGGAUUGACAUGGUGAAUUCGUUCCAAAAGGGCUCACUAUCAAGUAGGCUUGGAAUUCCAAUGAUAUAUGGAAUUGAUGCUGUACAUGGACAUAACAAUGUCUACAAUGCCACAGUCUUCCCCCACAAUGUCGGUCUUGGCUCGACCAGGGAACCUGAACUUUUAAGGAGGAUUGGUGCUGCUACUGCUAAAGAAGUUAGAGCAACUGGGAUUAAUUAUGUCUUUGCUCCAUGCAUAGCAGUCUGUAGAGAUCCUAGAUGGGGAAGGUGUUAUGAAAGCUACGGUGAAGAUCCUGACAUUGUCAAAGAAAUGGCAGAUAUCAUAGUUGGGCUGCAAGGACAAAUCCCAUCUGGUUUUCCAAAAGGUGUUCCUUAUGUUAGUGGAAGAGACAAGGUCGCAGCUUGUGCAAAGCAUUUUGUGGGCGAUGGCGGCACAACAAGGGGUAUCAAUGAGAACAACACUGUAAUUAGCAGGCAUGGAUUGUUAAGCAUUCACAUGCCAGGAUACUAUCACUCCAUAAUCAAGGGUGUCUCUACAAUAAUGGUUUCCUACUCGAGUUGGAACGGUGAGAAGAUGCAUUCAAACCAUGAACUCAUCACUGAUUUCCUUAAGAACACUCUAAACUUCAAGGGUUUUGUAAUCUCUGAUUGGCAAGGUAUUGAUAAGAUCACAGACCCAGCUCAUUCAAAUUACACAUUUUCAAUUCUCUCUGGAAUUCGAGCUGGAAUAGACAUGGUUAUGGUUCCUACAAAUUACACUGAGUUCAUCGAUGACCUUACCUACCUUGUCAUCAGCAACGCCAUUCCGAUGUCCCGAAUCAACGACGCCGUAAGAAGGAUUUUGAGAGUCAAGUUCGUAAUGGGCCUGUUUGAGAAUCCAUUGGCUGAUGACAGAUUUGUAAAUGAGCUUGGAAGCCAGGAACACAAAGAUUUGGCUAGAGAAGCCGUGAGGAAAUCACUUGCUCUACUAAAGAAUGGCGAAAAUGCUGAUGAACCAGUCCUACCUCUAUCGAAGAAGGCAACGAAGAUCUUAGUAGCCGGAACUCACGCCGACAAUCUAGGUUACCAAUGCGGCGGCUGGACAAUCACCUGGCAAGGACUCAGCGGCAACAAUCUCACAACCGGAACCACCAUUCUCGAGGCAGUGAAGAAAACCGUCGAUCCAAACACGGAGAUCAUCUAUAAUGUAAAUUCGACGACCGAUUACAUCAAGGCGAACAACUUCUCGUACGCCAUUGUUGUGGUAGGAGAGACGCCGUACGCCGAGACCAAUGGCGACAACCUGAACCUGACUAUCGCCGAAGGAGGAUCGGACACGAUCCAGAACGUGUGCAACGUUGUGAAGUGUGUCGUUGUCAUCGUCUCCGGCCGGCCUCUGACGAUUGAGCCUCACAUGUCGCAGUUGGACGCGCUGGUGGUUUCGUGGCUGCCGGGAACAGAGGGGGAGGGCGUGACCGACGUGCUGUUCGGUGACUAUGGAUUCACCGGAAAGCUGGCGAGAACGUGGUUCAAGACGGUGGAUCAACUUCCGAUGAACUAUGGGGAUGAGAAUUACAAUCCGCUGUUCCCUCUAGGAUUUGGGCUUACAACUGAGCCUGUUAAUAAAGCUAGCUAGGAGUAGGAGUUUUGUUUAUAAAGAAUUAGGAUUGCUUUGGAAAGUAAAUGAAUAAUUUGUCUUUGUAGCUUCUUUUUUUAUAUAGUUUCUUUUCUUUUCUUUUUUAC